AUGGCUUUCCAUCCUGCUCUUAUUAUCGUAGACGUGCAAAACGAUUUUAUUACACCAGGCUUCACCGGCCACAUUCCUGGUGCUACCAAGAUCCUUCCUUUCAUCAAUCAACUUUUGGACGGAAGUUACAAAUGGGACUAUAUCGUUGCCACAAAAGAUUUACAUCCUGCUGAUCAUGUAUCGUUUCGUGCCUCGCAUGGACCUACUGUGAUACCCAAAGGAACCGUCAUCGAUGUUCAUGCUUACGGAAAAACAUACAGACAACAAUUAUGGUCAACUCACUGUGUGAAUGGCACUGUAGGCGCCGAAUUUCAUCCAGACCUGAAUAUGGACAAGGUAGAUUACAUCCUUCCAAAAGGAAUGGAUACCCUUGUAGAGUCCUAUUCUGGGUUUUACGAUGUUAUCGGAAGGGACAAUGGUCUAAAGAAAAUUCUCGACGACCGUAACAUUACUCAUGUGUUUGUGGUUGGCGUUGCUGGUGAUAUAUGCGUUCGUGAUACAGCUCUUCAUGCAAGGGAACAUUAUAGUACAUAUGUUAUAAAUGAUGGAAUCUUCAUGUCUACUGCAGAAGCCGGUCAAAUUACCUUGCGUGAGUUUGACGAUGCGGGAAUCUCAGUAAUAAAGAUAAAUGAUCCAAUGCUGGAGUCUGUAAAAAAUCGUACUAAAUGA